UCCCACUGCUUCAGCCCCUUUCCUAAGUUUGCUGCAUAAACUUUCCUGAGUGCUUUUGUUGUGUCGGGGAAGUGAUGCCAGGCAGUCUCUAGAUCCCACUCUAAAGGCUACAGUGAUAUGAAUCCACAUGGUGCUAACAGCCAGCCAUGGCUGCGGAAUAGAAAAAUCCUCCGGAUACCUGAGACCUUCGCUCUGCAUCUGCCUCCAUCUGGGGUUUGCAGAAGAACCUUGCCUGCUCCUCCUCAUGACUAACGAGUGUAUAUAGCAAACUCUUUGAAAUGUGAGUAUUAUGGGAAGGAUCGCAGUUGCUUUAAAUUAUAGAAGUUGGCAAGUGCCUGGGAGAAGGAGUGGGAGGCUGUUUAAACUGAGAAAGACGGUUGCAGAACUUCAUCCGACAGCAUGAGCGCCGCGCUCCGCACACAUCCUCUGCUUUUCACCACCGCACGUCUCUGCAUUGUUGUGGAGCAGCUCCUGUAGUAAACGCAUUUCUGCUCUGAAUACUUGUUAAUGGUUUCUAACUUCAUGGGAGAACCAAAGCACAGAAGUCUCAUGUUUGGGGGAGAAGUCUGAACCCAGCAAUGCCCAGGAGAGGUCCCUUUAUAAAGCCAGAGAGUGGCAGCAGCCACCGGCUCCGCCUUCUUCAGCAGCAGCAUGGAGGGAAAGCCAGCAAUCCUUCCCUAGUGCCUGCUCACUGCCCUGCAGGAACUUCUCCCUAACCCAAGAGCCCAAAAUGAUUGUCCUGCUCUACGUGACAAGUCUUGCCAUCUGUGCGAGUGGACAACCUCGGGGCAAUCAGGCCAAGGGAGAGAGCUACUCUCCAAGGUACAUCUGCAGCAUUCCGGGCUUACCGGGUCCCCCAGGCCCUCCUGGAGCAAAUGGCUCCCCUGGGCCCCAUGGUCGCAUCGGCCUUCCUGGAAGGGAUGGUAGAGAUGGCAGGAAAGGAGAGAAAGGAGAAAAGGGCACGGCAGGUCUAAAAGGUAAAACUGGACCCCUGGGCCUUGCUGGUGAAAAAGGAGACCAAGGAGAGACUGGGAAGAAAGGACCCAUGGGACCAGAGGGUGAGAAAGGAGAAGUCGGCCCAGCAGGGCCUCCUGGGCCAAAGGGAGACAGAGGAGAUCAAGGGGACCCAGGGCUGCCUGGAGUGUGCAGAUGUGGAAGCAUUGUGCUUAAAUCUGCCUUUUCAGUUGGCAUCACAACCAGCUACCCAGAAGAAAGGCUCCCCAUCAUAUUUAACAAGGUCCUCUUCAAUGAGGGGGAACACUACAACCCUGCCACGGGGAAGUUCAUCUGUGCUUUCCCAGGGAUCUAUUACUUUUCUUACGAUAUCACGUUGGCCAAUAAGCAUCUAGCAAUUGGGCUGGUACACAAUGGGCAGUACCGAAUAAGGACCUUUGAUGCCAACACAGGGAACCAUGACGUGGCUUCAGGGUCCACAGUCAUCUACCUGCAGCCAGAAGAUGAGGUCUGGCUGGAGAUCUUCUUCAAUGACCAGAAUGGCCUCUUCUCAGACCCAGGCUGGGCAGACAGCUUAUUCUCUGGAUUUCUCCUCUACGUUGACACAGAUUACCUAGAUUCUUUAUCAGAAGAUGAUGAACUGUGACCCGGACUGCAGACCUGACUGUUGUAACAUAAAUACCACAGUGGCUUACAUUUUGAGUUAAUCUGGGGGUGCUGGAAGGUGGAGCAAGUGACAAAAGGAUUCAAAAACUCCUUGUACAGACAGCUCCGGCAGAAUUUAUCAAACUAAGACAAACCACCAACCAGCUGAAAUCACAACAAAAUGAACGAUAUAAAAUAACCCCAGACAUGAACCCCUUGAAAGUAAUGAUGACAAAUAUUUAAGCAAAUUAAAGAUAAUAUUAACAAAUUUGAAUGCCCUUGGCGAUCCAACCAGCUGGUAGUGACACUGCCUCAUUAAACAUUCAUAAACUCACAAAAUUUUGUUCGUUAUUCAGGAUAACCAUAACAUUAUAGACAAAUUCUUUGACAACUCUUAAGAGUCAAAGAAAAGUAGGAGAUGCUAAGAAUUUUCUAACAAAUUAAAAUGGAGUGAUAAAUCUC